AUGGAAGCUCGACGCGCUCUCCUAGGCGAGCUCAUUGCUAUCCAUGCCGCGCGUGGUAUGGAUGGCGAAUUUGGAGCGAUGCUCCGGUCAUGCUCGUUGGUCUGCAGGAAUCUGCACUCCGUCGCAUUAUCCCACAUGUUCCAUCACGUCCACCUAUCCAACCGCAACCGGGUCAGGAAGCUAGUAGAUCUUUGUCGCCCGUCCAACUAUCCCAUACGUCGUCAAGGCGCUCAGGAACUUCGGUUACCCAACCCUCUCACAUUCAUCCGCUCGGUCAGUCUUACGACCUACGGGGACGAUGAUGUAACCUGGAUGGAAGACGAGCCUCGCCUCCCCGCUCUCCUCCAUGACAUUCGAAUGCACGGUUUGAAGGGAAGAAGCAUGGGUCAGUUCCGUUUGUCGACAGAGCAAGGUUUGGCGUGGACGCGGUGUUCUGAGGCGCUUCGCCGGGGGAUUGCCGAUAUUAUUUGCAGCAAUCCACCUGCAUCCUUGGAGCUCAGUGGCAUAGACGACCUACCCGAGAGCGUACUCCUCCAAGGAGUGAUGCGUUCGAGGGUGGUGCAUGUCGAAUGUGUUUCCGUGCAACCUUCGCGGGACGAUCGCGAAGCCACCGAAUUGGCAAUCGGAUUGCUAUCGGCGCCAAUACAGGAACUAAGCAUCAUUACGUCACCUGGCGUCUUUCCGAUACUCGCGAGGUUCCUGGAGAGUUCGGGAAAGGGCAGAUUGAGGGGAGUGAAGAGGUUGGUCGUGGGUGAUAUCGAGUUUCAGGAGCUCCCAUCGACACUCCGAGUCAUCGAACGCCUCGUGGAAGCUGGGUGUGCGAUAGAGAGUAUUGCAUUAGCGCCCAUUUUAAGCCUCGACGAAGAAGACGCAACGGAGUUCGAAAAACAUGAUACAUCGAGUUUACCACCCGACGUGUUUGGAACACUCCGCUAUCUGGACGUGGAGUUUCAAUCGUUGUAUGCGGAUUCGGAGGGUAAGCGAUCGAUAGCUAUCGUGCUAGAGCAGCUAUUCUCCCGCGUGGCGCAAGCGUGGGCGCCAUGGCAUCAAAUCGACAGAGAAGACACAGCGAGACGACCGAGCUUGAAACACUUGGUCGUGCGCGUAUUCAUGCAGGAGGAGGAAGCUGAAGAAGACAUGGCGAUAGCGUUGUUGGAGGCCGAGGGUUCAUGGAGGAAUCUGGUUGCCAGUCUUGGGUGUCUCAAUCCGGUGUUGGAGCAGGUGGAUAUUCGAAUACUUUGUCGUUCAUGUCAGGACUCGACCCUGGGAAGAACCCUCGAAGCAAGACUCCAAGGAUAUUUCGCUUGCCUGAAGGUCGAAAAUCCAACAUUGGAGUUACAGUGCGAAGUUGUAAUUCUAGGGAGCAGGGAUUGA